UCCUGCACACUUUUCAUGAUGAAAGUGUACUUUGAAGGUGUGUUUUUUUGCUAGAGACAAUGUGUGGGAGGCGAAAACGUGGAAGUGGACACGAUGAGGACUUCUCCUUUGUCAGCCCCGUGGUUAAAUACCUGCUGUUUCUAUUCAACUUCAUCUUCUGGCUCAUCGCCAUGGCCAUGAUAGCUAUUGGUGUGUACGCCCGCGUGGAAAAACAUGCAGAGACGGCCUUGGCGUGUCUCUCGGUGGACCCGGCCAUGAUGCUGCUGGUGGUGGGGGUCCUCAUGUUCAUCAUCACCUUUUGCGGCUGCGUGGGCUCGCUAAGGGAAAACAUUUGUCUGCUGCAGUUUUUCUGCAUCAGUUUGACCAUCAUCUUCCUGCUCCAGCUGGCUGCUGGUGUGCUGGGAUUCAUCUUCUCAGAUAAGGCACGCAACAAGGUGACCCAAAUGGUCACCAAUGCCAUUGUGCAUUACAGAGACGACAUCGACCUGCAGAACCUCAUCGACUUCGGCCAGAAGCAAUUUAGCUGCUGUGGCGCCGUGACGUACGGCGACUGGUCCAAGAACAUGUACUUCAACUGUACUGCUAGCAAUCCCAGUCAGGAACGCUGUGCGGUGCCGUUCUCCUGCUGCAUCAUCACCAAAGACGAGGUGAUCAACACAAUGUGUGGUCAGGGCAUGCAGGAGAUGGAAUACGUGAAAGCCAGCAACUAUAUCUACACCAACGGCUGCAUCGAUAAAGUGGUGGACUGGAUCCACAGCAACCUCUUCCUGCUUGGGGGUAUCGCCCUGGGACUCGCUAUCCCUCAGCUGGUGGGCAUCCUCCUGUCUCAGAUUCUCAUCAAUCAAAUUAAAGACCAGAUUGAGCUGCAGAACUACAACCAGAAGCACCGAUCCGACCCCUGGAACUGAAACCAACAGGUCAGGACGCAAUCGAGAAAUAAAAUGGUCACACAGCCGCGCAAAACUUCUGCCUCACACAGCACGGAAAGGACAGGGAGAGCCGGAAAAAAACAGGAAGUGGGUUAGCUUAAUGGAAUGACUGCACGCACUUAUUUUGUAUGUGUAUCUUUAGGGCACAGCACCAUCUGCUGGAUAGGGUGGAAGUGCAUGUUCUGGGGAACUUUUUUUUACAGCAAAUUGGGACGUUUUGGUGAUGCCAGCCGUAAGUUGAACACACUUUCCCAUUAUAUCCAAUGAGAAUGUGUCCCCAAACUUUUGACUGGUAUUGUUCGGUUGGUGUUUGUUUGUUUUUCUUCUUUAAACAUGCACUUUUUCUGUUACAAAGGUAGAAAAAAAGAUAGUGUUAAGUACAUUUUGUGUACGUUUGUGUUUUAAAUGGAUUUUAAGUGAUUAUUUUAUCAAGUAAAGCAGUUUGUGUCUUCCUUUCACAUUCAGACAUGAAGUGUUCCUCCGUGGCGAAUAAAAACACAACGUAAACACCAGUGUUCUGUUAGUCUUCUAACGCCUACACUCGCAACCACACACUUGGUGUGUGGUCCUGACUUUUUUUCUUCAUGACUCAAGCAGGAGGUGGAGACACACACACACACACACACACACAAGUAAGUCAGUAGACACUCCACCA